AGCAGCUAAACGCCCGCCUGUAGGGAGCAGGCGUUGGAGGAACGCGGCCGCGGCGGCAGAGGUGGAGGUCGCCGUGGAAGCCGCAGCAGGGCGCGCGGACGGCACGUAGACACAGCCGGGGCCAGGGAUAUUAGAAAUGGCUACUACCCAGUCAGUCUUCAUCUUUGCAAUCUGCAUUUUAAUGAUAACGGAAUUGAUUCUGGCCUCAAAAAGCUACUAUGAUAUUUUAGGUGUGCCAAAAUCAGCAUCAGAGCGCCAAAUCAAGAAGGCUUUUCACAAAUUAGCCAUGAAGUAUCAUCCUGACAAAAAUAAGAGCCCCGAUGCUGAAGCAAAAUUCCGAGAGAUUGCAGAAGCAUAUGAAACACUGUCAGAUGCUAGUAGAAGAAAGGAAUAUGAUACACUGGGACACAGUGCUUUCACUGAUGGUAAAGGACAAAGAGGUAGUGGAAGUCCUUUUGAGCAGUCCUUUAAUUUCAAUUUUGAUGACUUAUUUAAAGACUUUAGUUUUUUUGGUCAAAACCAAAACACUCGAUCUAAGAAGCAUUUUGAAAAUCACUUCCAGACACGGCAAGAUGGUUCUAGUAGACAGAGGCAUCAUUUCCAGGAGUUUUCUUUUGGAGGUGGAUUGUUUGAUGACAUGUUUGAAGAUAUGGAGAAAAUGUUUUCUUUUAGUGGCUUUGACUCCACCAAUCGGCACACAGUACAGACUGAAAAUAGAUUUCAUGGAUCUAGCAAGCACUGCAGGACUGUCACUCAGCGAAGAGGAAAUAUGGUCACUACAUACACUGACUGUUCAGGACAAUAGUUCCUCCUUUUUCAGUUCUUAUUAAACCCACCUGGUUGACUCUUACUUAGUAUCUUUGAUGAAAAAGUUUUCUCUGAAAUAUUUUGACAAGUGCAUGAUUUUACUCAGAAGUUUGAUAUUACUAUUAUAUAUUUAAAUUUUUUUGACAAAUUGAGCAACAUUCAGCUAGUGAUAUAGACAAAAAUCUAAUUAUUUUCUUGAUUAGGUCAAGUCCUUAAAAAAGAUUCUCCUGUUUUUUUCCCCUAUGUGCCCUUAGGCUCAUCAGUGUGGCCAGUUUCAUUACCACCA